UGUGACAUCUUGUUCAAGUACCUGAUAUUUAACCCGAUCCAUCGGGAACCGGAUUCAUUGAAAGUGGCAUUGGAAUAGUUCGGAAUUAAAAUCGAAUAACACGAGUGUGUUUUAUGUUAUUUUAUGGCACUACCUAUUUUUCUUUAGUAUUUUCAGCGUUAUAAUUAAAAAAUAAUAAUACCGUAGGUAACGUUUUUAGUUUUUUUUUUAAUACCUGUACCUUUAUUCCAUAACUAUUACGUGCAAUAUUAUUUUGAACAUCUGUAAUCAAAGGAUUUUUUUACUAUCGGUGAUUUAUUAUUUAUAACGAUAUAAAAUAUAAAAGUAGGUAGGUACAUAUUACAUACAUGAAAGAAAAAAAGAUUGAGCUAGAUGUCGGGACGUGGAAGUCAGAGCAGGCGUAUGACGUGAACCGCUGCCAUGGUUGACGCAGUUUAUCGCGGUAACAUCGACGAAUUGCUGUCUGUGAUUAACCACCUGAAGAAAUACAUAAUCGCAUUCAUAAUCGUUCUGCUAGUUCUGUUAUCGGUGUUUCAUUUCUCCAAGUUUUCAGUACAUGUCGUGCCGCUGAUCAUCGUCACGUUAGUGCUGUUGCCGGCCGUCUACUACACGACCGUUCUCGUUCUGAAGUUUAGCACCAACGUAAUUGCUUCGAAUCAAGCCGGAGAAGUGUCGACAAUGAACUCUAACAACAACCAACAAGUUUUAAAAACUCCCGAUCUCCCGUACCCAAACAGCCCGACCCCACCGCCGACGUACGAGGAAGCAACGCGAAAUGAUCAUUACUAUCAACCACAAUCGUGGUUGCCUUCAACUAGCAGUGGGUAUACCAGCAGUGACCAGUCAACAGUACCCGCUGUUUUCAGUGUCGAGUAUCAGUACAACGAUACCAUGUCAAAUGUCCAUAGUGGAAGACCAGCUACGACUAAGGCUACAACCAUACCCAAUCAGAUUCAAGACAAUUAUACGUCGUCGCACAAGACAACGAUCCAAAACAUUCCCAGUGUGACCAUAACUUUGGACAGCGAUCAACAUCAAACUGAAAUUUAAUAAAAUAAUAAUAGCUGUGAGUCUAAUAUCGAGUGUCCACAUUCAAAUUUAUCGGAAAUUUAGGAUUAUUAAGACAUUCAAGAUAACUAAGAUAGACCGAAUCAUUUGGAUUGUUAGGAUAAUCUAGAGAAUUUGAAUAAUUGGAUUUUUCAGCUCUUAAAGCUUUUAACUAUUAAAUUAUUUAAUUGCAUUAUUAUGAUUAUCUAGGCAUCAUUUUUAAUAUUCGUCAAAUAAUUAUUUGUAAAAUCGUUUUUGUAAUGUUUAUGAUUCUGCAUAAGUAGUUCAUAAAUCAUAAGUAAUUUUAAUUUGAUCAAGUAAUUAAAUUAUUGAAAGUAUAAAUAUAUUAAGUAUUUGGAUACCAGGAUAUCAGAAUAUCCAACAACUUAUAAAAUCCAAAUUAUUUCAUAGCAUUAAAUGAAAUUUAAUUAUUAUCAUGAUAUUAUAAUUUAUAAUAUAUUGUUAUUUAGUUUAAUUUAAAUUAUUAUUAUGAUUUAUGUACAAUAUAAUUACUAUUGUAAAUACUUAUCGUUGUUUUAAAUAGAAUUUGGACGAUUCGAAGAUUGUUAUGAUUUUUUUUUUAAUAUAUAAGUAAAUUAAACAUAAUUAAAGUGUUUUAAAUUAAUAAAUUAUGUGAUUUUAAGAUUUUAAAUAUUAUGCUCAAACUUCAAAUUAAAUUAAUUAUAAAAAAUAAAAAAUUAAAUUUUGGAAUAAUUUAUUUGUUUAGUGUUGAUAUAACGCGAUGGUAAUUGCAAUUUUUGAUAUGCUUACAAUACUGCAUUUUAAUAUUUUGAUAUUAUAGUCAAUAUUUAUUUUAAUUAUUAUUAAAUUACUUGUAUUACUUCAUUGACACAUAAAUUAAGUAAUUACAGUUAUUUGAGUUAUUAUUAUAUGGGCGGUAAUCCUUUUUUAUAUAAUUUUGAGUUUUUCAAUAUUUUAUAUAAAUACCAGUAAAAAAAUGUAUUGCUGGGUUUAUAGGUAGCAAUUUUAGUAAAAGGUUCCUCAUUAGCUUUUUUACUUUUAAAAAAAAUAAAAAGUUUAUUGGAAAGUGACAUUUAUUUUUUUAUGAUCGUUUGAAGUUAAAUGUUUAUGACAUUGGAUAUUCACCCAUAUAAUAACUAUUUCUUCUUAGACAAUUUUUGUUUUUUAUUAUAAUUCAAAAACGAAUAACUAAAGAUACUUAAAACAUUAACUAAAUAUUUAUAUGAUCAUUUUCUAUGUAUGAUACAAUUUUCAAAAAUAUUUCAUCUCCUAAUUAUUUAUAGACAUUUGUAAUUAUUGUAAUCAUGAUUUGUGUUUUUAAAUAUUAAACAAAAAUCUCACGACUCUUAA